GGAGAGUAGGCUUGGAGGCUGCAGGCAGACUUUUCUUUUGUCCGCUGUGGGCCCUCCUGCGGCCCCCCAUCACUGAGUGGCCAAGCCUCGGCGUCCCACCCACGGCUGCGCACGCGCAACUGCAGUCAUGGAUAGGUUCCGAAUGCUCUUCCAGCACCUUCAGUCCAGCUCGGAGUCGGUGAUGAACGGCAUUUGCCUUCUGCUGGCCGCUGUCACAGUCAAGAUGUACUCCUCCUUUGACUUCAACUGCCCCUGCCUAGCACGCUACAAUGCCCUCUACGGCCUGGGCCUGCUGCUCACACCCCCUCUGGCCCUCUUCCUCUGCGGUCUCUUGGUCAACAGACAAUCUGUGGUGAUGGUGGAGGAAUGGCGUCGGCCAGCAGGGCGCCGGAAGAAGGACCUGGGCAUCAUCAGGUACAUGUGUUCCUCCGUGCUGCAGCGAGCCCUAGCAGCACCCAUGGUCUGGAUCCUGCUGGCCCUCCUUGACGGGAAGUGUUUCGUGUGUGCCUUCAGCAACUCCGUUGACCCUGAGAAGUUUCUGGAUUUUGCCAACAUGACCCCCAGCCAGGUACAGCUCUUCCUAGCCAAGGUGCCCUGCAAGGAGGAUGAGAUGGUUAAAGACAGCCCCGCACGCAAGGCUGUGUCUCGAUACCUGAGGUGCCUGUCACAGGCCAUCGGCUGGAGUAUUACCUUACUGCUAAUCGUGGUGGCCUUCCUAGCCCGCUGCCUGAGGCCCUGCUUUGACCAGACAAUCUUCCUACAGCGCAGAUACUGGAGCAAUUAUGUGGACUUGGAACAGAAGCUCUUCGAUGAGACGUGCUGUGAGCAUGCGCGGGACUUCGCGCACCGCUGUGUGCUGCACUUCUUUGCGAGCAUGCAAAGCGAGCUGCGCGCUCUGGGGCUGCGUCGGGACCCAGCAGGUGGAAUCCCUGAGUCACAGGAGCUCCCAGAGCCCCCAGAGGACCUGGAUGGUGGAAGCGGGAAGGCCCACCUGCGUGCGAUCUCCAGCCGAGAGCAGGUGGAUCACCUCCUAAGUACCUGGUACUCCAGCAAGCCGCCGCUUGACCUUGCAGCAUCCCCCAGGCUCUGGGGGCCUGGCCUCAGCCACCGUGCCCCGAUAGCUGCUCCAGGUACUAAGCUGUGCCACCAGGUCGACGUGUAGGGAUCUUGUUCGGUUCCAGCAGCAGCAGCAGUUUUCCCAGGUCAAAUGCCCAUGUUGACAUGGAUCUGGGAGCCAGUCUCCUGUUGACCUCCUUCUCUGAUAGGCCGGUAUCUGCCUAGUUUCUGGGUGUGUCCUCCUCUGUGGGUAUCAUCCUCUCUGAACCCGAUCAAGUUCAGUGCACCCAGGACUGAGUCCCGGAAUUCAUCCACCCAUCUUCCCUCCCUCCCUCCCUCCCUCCCUCCCUCCCUCCCUCCCUCCCUCCCUCCC